GCUUUAACAACCGCCAUGGCAUUGUCAAUGCCAUUUACAACUGCCAGGUUCUAUAUAAUCUAUACAUGGCGAAUGAAUGAACUGUAUGUAAUUCAGUCUCAUUGCUUUCCCUUUCAUUCUCUUGUUAAAAUGGUGAAGAAAGAUGAGUUCUUGAAGCAAAACGGCCAUCAUGAAUCCAACAAUAAACAAGUCACUCGCUCUGACUUCCCUCCUGAUUUUGUCUUUGGAGUUGCCACCUCUGCUUAUCAGAUUGAAGGAGCCUGCAAGGAUGGUAGUAGGGGUGCAAGUAUAUGGGAUGCUUUCACACAUACUGAAGGAAAAAUUAUUGACAAAAGCAGUGGUGAUGUUGCAGUGGAUCAUUAUCAUCGAUACAAGGAAGAUAUCGACCUCAUAGCAACAUUGGGAUUUGAUGCGUAUCGGUUUUCUAUAUCAUGGUCUCGUAUCUUCCCUGAUGGCUUAGGAACCAAAGUCAAUGAGGAAGGGAUCGCUUUCUACAACAAUAUCAUUGAUGCUCUUCUUCAAAAGGGUAUUAAGCCUUUUAUAACUUUGUACCAUUGGGAUCUUCCAUUACAUCUUCAUGAGUCAAUGGGAGGAUGGUUAAAUAAGGACAUUGUGAAAUAUUUUUCAAUUUAUGCAGAUACUUGCUUUGCACAUUUCGGUGAUAGAGUAAAGGACUGGAUUACAAUUAAUGAACCCCUUCAGACUGCAGUUAAUGGAUAUGAUGUUGGGAUAUUUGCUCCAGGAAGAAGUCAAAAUUCAUCAACAGAGCCAUAUUUGGCUGCACACCACCAGAUCUUAGCCCAUGCAACAGCAUUUUCAAUAUAUCAAACCAAGUACAAGGACAAGCAAGGGGGGAAAGUAGGUUUGGUUGUAGACUGUGAAUGGGCAGAAGCUAAUUCUGAUAAAAUUGAAGAUCUAUCUGCAGCAGCAAGGCGCCUUGAUUUUCAGCUUGGAUGGUACCUGCAUCCAAUGUAUUAUGGGGACUAUCCCGAAGUUUUGCAUAAAAGACUGGGUGAUCGGCUUCCUGAGUUCACAAAGGAAGAAAAGAAGUUGCUUAAGAAUGCCUUGGACUUUGUUGGCCUGAACCAUUAUACCUCCAGGUUCAUUGCUCAUUCAACUAGUCCUGAAGAAGGUGACUAUUAUAAAGCACAAGAGAUGGAGAGAACCGUUGAAUGGGAAGGGGGUGAAAUAAUUGGUGAGAAGGCAGCAUCAGAAUGGCUCUAUGUUGUUCCGUGGGGCAUUCGGAAGGUUCUUAAUUACAUAGCAAAAACAUACAAUAAUCCCCCAAUUUAUGUCACUGAAAACGGUAUGGACGAUGAAGACAAUGACACAUCCCCACUCCAUGAAAUGCUGGAUGACAAGUUGAGAGUUCGGUACUAUAGGGAAUACAUAGCUGCAGUUUCUCAGGCAAUUAAGGAUGGCACGGACGUGAGGGGAUACUUUGCGUGGUCGUUGUUAGACAACUUUGAGUGGGCCCAAGGUUAUACGAAACGUUUCGGAUUAGUUUAUGUCGAUUACAAGAAUGGCCUUGCCAGGCACCCCAAAUCUUCAGCUUACUGGUUCUUGCGCUUCUUGAAAGGCGGUGAAGAGAAGAGUGGCAAAGAAGAGUAAUUGACAAUGCUUAAAAUAUAUAGCUAGUCACCUUGCUGAAUAAUUUGUCUUGACCAAACAAAGCCUAUGAAGUUUCUUAGGUUGCUUAAUGUUGUAUCUAGUGACCUUGUGUUUAAUGACAUUUUAAGCAUAGCUAUUAGUAUCUUA